AUGAGGUGCUGCUGGCCCACCAUAACCUCUCCCACCGGUUUAGCGGCUAUGGUCUUGAGUAUGGACAAUGAUUUGGGUUCACAAGAAUCAGACCUGUCAAAAAGAGGGUUGCAAACAUCAGCAAGUUUCCUCGAACCUUCGUAUACAAGUUCAAAGUUUCUCAGUGCUACCAAUAUCACGGACCAUGUCGUGAACACGACAGCUAUCUCGGUGGAGGAUCUCGGUGGCAUUUCUCUUGACGAUGUUUUGUUCGGCGAAGCUUCCUUUGAUGACCUGUUAAUAUAUUUGAGACCCGAUGAUGAAUAUGUUCCUCUUGAUGCAAUCGACUGUCUUCUGGAAGGAGCGAGUCCUGCGGUAGGGAUGAAGACCGAAUCCGUGCUCGAUGGCAGGCCCAUUCCUUCAUUUGAAGUCGCGAUCCCCAACAAGAAGGGUUUGCAACUACCUGCAAAAUAUUUGAAAUGGGCUUACGACGUACUCAGUAAGGGCUGGAAGGCUUUAGUACCCUUCGACAUUACGGGACUGACGGUUUUCGGACUGGCCAAGAAGGCCAUGAAAUGGAAGGAUACGGAAGAGAUUAAUUUUAUCUUAACAGCAAGACGAUAUGCGGUGGAGCGGGAUUGGUGGAACAAUGAAGACUUUCAGAAACUGCUGAAAUUUGGUUACUUCAGUAUGGAGGUUUCUGCAAGACGUAUCUGGGAGGAAAACCUACCGAAUAGCCCAUUGGAUGAUGCAAUACAGGAGGUAUUGCAACGUUGGCCGAUGUCUGGAUCCUUUAGGGGAAUGCUCGCCGGCCGCAUGAGCACCUGGUGGAGGACCUGUAGCCGGUCAUAUUCCCUUUCGAUAAAGAAUCCUCAUAUACUUGAAUGGCUUGUUUUACAAAAGGCGGGAUCUUUGAAGGUACCUUUGACAGAAGUUCCAAAGGCGAUUCGGAGGGAGCAGCGGAGGCGACGAAUACGUGAGGCAGCGGAGCUCCAGGGUGAGGCUGUGAAUGACAGUAUUCCUGAAUUCCUAAUCAAUCGUUGGGGAGACAAGUUUCAGAUAGCGACGGUAGAUGAGGCAGGACACCGGGUCAGCCCGUCGUGUUUGGUAUGGGCCUACGACGUUAAAAAUUAUGGCUGGUGGAACACGGUACCCAAAGGUAUAGAUCCCAUCGGGCUGUCAGUCUUCGGUUUAGCCAAGGCGGUCGAGAGAAUUCGGAAACAGGUGUUUACAUUAUCAGGCAACUGUUAUUCGUGUGCUGAAAUCAAUAUAAGUCAUCGUGAUGGAAACGGAUGUGAGAGAUGCGAGAGCCCUUGGGACCUUGUGGAGUUUUGGGAAUGGUUACGUUCAAGACAUUUUUGUGAGAUCAAGCUUGACUGCGGCGGUGUGCCAACCUUCAGACACCUUGUGGAUGAGAUUGUUAAUGGUGUCGGCUUUGCACCGCCACACAGACAAGGCAGGCGGUAUGCUGUGUCACCAUGGGAGUGCGACCCGGGGGUGUUGUCCAAUAGCUCUCAAACUAUGCAACGAAGAAUGACCGCUUGGUGGGGUGCGCAAACCAAUCAUGCCCAAGAGAGCCCAGAUACUCUUGGUCGAUGGGAGUUUGAGCGAGUGCUUCUGCACCGACUGGCUGAACUUGACCGGGAAUCGGGAACUAGAUAUCUUUCAUGCAAGGCAGCAAUAAUGGGGGACUAA